CAAGUAAAUCGCUCGCACAGCUGACGUCAUAUUUUAACCCUCAUGACAUGGGACUUUCCGAUUACUCCUGAGUAUCUCCAGACACAGUGGUCUUUCUGAGCUCCCCCAGCUCUUGCCUCCCACAUUCAAGUGUCAAUCUAGUAUCUUUUGAGCACCUGGCACAGUUUGGUGAGCUGAAGACCUAACGGUGAAAAAAAACAGAAGUAGGCUUUUGUUUUCUUCUUGACAGUCUAGGGGAAGAGAGGGACAGUGAACAUGAAAGAAAUCAUCAAGGUGAAACAAAUCAUCAAGGUGAUUUGAGGAGAUGGAGGUAAAAGUUCUAGAGAGAGCAUUUUGGGCAGAGGGAACAGCCAGUGUAAAGGCCCUGAGGCAGAGGGUAGCUGGCUGGUUCUGAGGAACAGCACAGAGGCUGGAGUGGCAAAUUGCAGAGUGAGCAAGAGGGGCAUUUUGGCCAUCAAGGAGUGUGGUUUUUCCUAGAUAAAUCAAGGAGGAUUUUCAGCAAGGGGAGGCCUGUGCCGGCCACCCUCCCUCUCCCUGCAGAGCCAGAAAAGGCCAUGAAGGUGCUGCUCCUCACAGGGCUGGGAGCCCUAUUCUUCGCCUAUUAUUGGGCUGACAACUUCAACCCAGCUAGCCUCCAGGGAGCCCGUGUGCUGCUGACAGGGGCCAGUGCAGGCGUUGGGGAGGAGCUGGCAUAUCACUAUGCCCGUCUGGGCUCCCACCUGGUGCUCACUGCCCACACUGAGGCCCUUCUGCAGAAGGUGGUAGGGAACUGCCGGAAGCUGGGCGCUCCCAAGGUCUUCUACAUCGCUGCGGACAUGGCCUCCCGUGAGGUGCCAGAGCGCGUGGUGCAGUUUGCGCUGGACAAGCUGGGCGGGCUGGACUACCUCGUACUGAACCACCUCGGUGCUGCCCCAGCAGGCACACGGGCCCUCAGUGCUCAGGGGACAGCCUGGCUCAUGCAGGUGAACUUCCUGAGUUACGUGCAACUGACUUCGUUGGCGCUGCCCAGUCUGACGGACAGCAAGGGCUCCCUGGUGGUGGUGUCCUCGUUUCUCGGCCGCGUGCCCAGGUCCUUCUCCAGCCCCUAUUCAGCGGCCAAGUUCGCACUGGACAGUUUCUUCGGCUCCCUACGGCGGGAGCUGGAAGUGCAGGAUGUGAACGUGGCCAUCACUAUGUGUGUCCUCGGCCUCCAGGAUCACGCCUCAGCUGCUGAGGGAGUCAGGGGUGUCACAAGAGCCAAGUCAGCCCUGGGACCCAAGGCAGCCCUAGCUGUGAUUCGUGGCAGUGCCACGCGCACCUCCCGCGUCUUCUACCCCUGGCGCUUCCACGUGCUCUGCCUGCUUCGAGCCUGGCUGCCUCGUCCAAGAGCCUGGUUCAUCCGCCAGGAGCUCAAUGUCACUGUCACUGCUGCUGCCUGAGCCAGAGGUAGAGCCUGUUCAUCUUAGAGGGGGACCCUUCAUCCAGCCAUCCUGAAGGCAGGACAAAGACACACCUCUGGAAUAGUGUUGCCAAGACAUAAAAGGAAAACCGAGAAAAACUACUUGCACCUGGAAACAAUGAAAUCUCCAAGUAUGAGAGCAGCUGCUGCGUGCCAGUACCUUGUCAGAGACUUGGAAGGCACUACCUCAGUCUUCUUGGUCGUCAUUGUUGAUGUGAUCACUGCUUACAUUUCACAGGUGGGGAAACUAAGGCUCAGAGAGGUGAUAUGGCAAGUCAGCCCCUAGGGCCCUGGUCACUUCAAAUAGGUCGCACCAACCACUGAGCCACCCUUGGAACCUUCUCUGUCUCCCACCCGAGACACCUGAUUUGUUCUUUCCAUUCACUCAGUCUGGAAGCAUCACCCACCUUUGCCCCAAGCAAGGGAGA